CGGGCCGAGUCCGUAGAGGUAUCCAUCUCCGUGUACCUAUCGCCGUGUUCGUAACCGACAACGAAUCUCCCAGCAGCAAUCAAGUUCGUCCCACGCGAUUUCUACAAUAUCCUACACGCCAGGCGUUACGCCGAUUCGUACAGUGUCUCCAUUCCGAACCAUCAUCGCGACUUGCCCGAGCUACGAUAGCUACCUGCCAUCUUCACCGCGACAACCGACCGUGCGCCGGCGCCGACCACUUGCUCGCCUCAUCCAAACCGCACCGACGAUAGCUGCCUUACCUAGAGGUACUCCCGACCAGAGACGCGAUACCCUCAGAUAGACAAAUUCCGCAUUCGGGACAUCCAAAACCAUGUCCACCCCCUCCGAUUCCUACGUCCUCCACGACCACUCCCCUUCAACCGACAACGACGAUGUCGACUCCCUCCCGUCCAUCUCCAGCAGUAUCCUAGGCUCGGACGACUCCCAGUACGACGACGAAUCAGACGCACAAAAGGAAUGGGAACAGAGUCUCGAGCAGCUGCAGCUUCUCUUGAACUUGGUGCUAAUACCGUUCGCGGGCAAGUUUUUGGGGCGCAAGUUUGCUUAUUGGAGUUGGGGACGGUACAUGGAGUGGGCGCACGGGGUCAAGGUCCAAUGGUAUAACAAGACGCUAUUCAACAUUGCCGGUUGGAUAGGAGCUGCUACGCCAGUAUCAGUAUGAGGGAGGCAGAUAGGCGACCGUGGUAAUGAGGUACUCGAGUCAAAGGCGACGGCAGCACAAUU